UUCUGGGUUUUCCCCAUGCCACCGAUACCCCGCAUGUUCAUGACAUUGGCCAAUUCUCAACAUGAGCUAGCAUUCAUACCUACAGUAUAACUCUGAUCUGAAGGACAUCAUUAUAAAUAUAUACGUGUAAAGGGGCUUUCGCGAUUGCUCUUGCCGCAAGAAAGGUGCUUUAUUUAUACUUCUUAUUCGAACGUGACGAUAAAGGGAAGAAGAAAACAUUUACAAUUUUGAGAAUCGGUGGUCAGGCAAAUAAGCAGGUUGGGGUUGAACAUCAUCUAGCUGUCACUCUCUUUCAAGAAUUCAAACGGUUAUGGAAUAUAGUAGUAACUGCCCAGAGAUGACCGGUCGGGAGAUACUCGAGCUGUUCAUAGAGAGCGGGCUUCAUGCUGUAGGGGGUAACAAAGUUCAGUGGAAGGAUACUGCAGUAUGUGUUGGUAUCGUAAGUCUGGAAGGUGGAGCAAAAACAGUCCUCAUCAACAGAAGCAGCACCCGACAUCACGCUGAAGAUGGCCUAAUCGGAUUCUUUGAAGAGAACCAGAAGAGAAUAAAUUCCGUGAAGAUCUUGAGCAAAUAUUCACCCUGCAGCAACCCGGGUUUUGACUGCUGUGGCAGGUUACGCGAGAUGAAGAAAAAACUUAUCAAGGGUAAUGGUAAAGAAAUGAGUUUCGAGUUGGUGUUUUCCGCUCUUUACAAAAUUAUCAGACCGUCCUGUUUGCAACGAGGUUGCUUCAAGGGCAGUGCAAGCGGGCAUAACCCAUCCGAAGAGAGCCGCGAAAAUAUAGAAAAUCUCGUGUCACUUGGUUUGAGCGUCAGAACCUUCGGGACUGGAGACUGGGCCGAGUUGAUAGAGCUCUUAGCUCUAUGGGAUGCUUCAAGAGGCAUGUCGGGGACUGGUCUCGCUUCAAUCCGCUAUGGAGACAAAUACGGCCGGUGGCGCGACUUUGAGGACGCAGAACUCAAAAGAGAUUUCGAAAUCUUGAAGCAACGUCUUGAAGGUGAAGUGAGAGUAAGGAUGAAUUCCCUGCGCAAAAUUGAUGUCACGAUUUUGGAAAAAGAAGUUUGUAAAAUCAAGGAAGCCUUAGCACAAUGGAAAUAGUAUACUAGUAUAGUUGAAAUAUGCCUAUGCAGAGGGCAACUCACACCUAACGACAGGUCCACUGAGGAUCUGAUUUAUUUUGAAACAAAUCGCAUUUUGCUCAUUUUCUGAGAAUGUGAAUGAAACGCAUAUUUUCAUUUUUUUGAAUUAGCUGAAAAAUAGUUAUAAAACAAUUUUGCAUGAUUUGCAAGCCUUUAUUUUGGAGUAAAGGCCAGAUUAGUUUCAAAUCGUAGAGCCAAUCAUACAAUCGCUACUGAAGACGUCAUCAUGCAACUAUAUAGGCCUAGAUAUUAAUUACUUUUAUAAUAAUAUAAUUAAGGAUGAUAACAUAAAUAUAUUGUCACAGAUUUGAACAUAGGUAUUCGUACGAUGAUUUAGAACAUUACAUAAUGAGACAUUCCAUGCCUUAAUGUUGGCAUCGAUUUCUACUACAUCAAAUCAGGUCACAUCAAUCAAAAAGGGGCUUUCACAAUAUUGACUCGUGCAAUCGUUUGCGAUAUCAUUAUUUUGGUCACAAUCACGAAUCACGAAUUGUGAAAGGGGCUUAAGGCGUGUGGUGGCCUAAAGAUAUUGUAGUUUCCUACUGGUAUAUAAGGCAAAGAUAGUCGUAAUAUUUUAAUUGAUGUGUCAAAUCCUAUACGCGUAAUGGAUUUUUUUUUACAUCGGUACAAACAGAAUAUCAAUCGUUUAUGAUGGAAUAAUUGAUAAACGAAAAUUUGUAAACGUUUUCGUGAAGUUUAUAUUGAUUACAAAAUAUUCUGAUGUACCUAUUAAUAAAUAGAUAAAUUCAUUUGAUAUAAGAUGAAGAGAAUUUCCUGAACAUCAUAUCCAAAAUAGCCAUCGGGUGAACUAAAACAAGAUGAAUCAAUUUGGAUUGUCUCAUCACCCAUCAACAUAUGCUGCAAAUAUUUAAGUUGCAUUUGUCGCAAACAUUAUUUUAUCAUCGCAAACAAGACUUGAUUAAAAUAAUUGAAGGAUGAGGGAUUAAGAAAUUAAAAAAAAUGGAAAGUAAUGAAAAACAAAAUUACUUUGUAUGCUAAGUGGACGUUAAGGGCCUAACAAACACUGAUUUGGGGCUUGUUUAAGUUUUGAACUAAUUUAACAACAAUGGAAAAUGUUUAAUGAAUAGUGCUAUUACGCUACUUCUGCAUCUCAAUUCACGCCCACCCCACUGACAUGAAAUAAUUGUUAUUGUCAUGGUAACAUUGUUGCUGCUUUUUGUGAUGGAAGUGAUAAUGAUAAGCCUCAUGAUGUCUGUAAUGUAAUGCUAGUGAUGUUGAUGGUGAUUAUAAUAGUAUAAAGGAAAAUAUUAGAAUGACUUUUACGUUAUUCAGACUAAAGAUGUCACAUUCAUGUGCAGGUAAAUUAUAUGAACUAAUGAGAAUGUAUGCGUAUCUCCUGAUCUAUUGUAAAGCUGUUGUCUAUACUUUAACAUUCAAAAUCAUUAUCGCAACGAUGAUAUAUUGACGAUAGUAUUUUAGGAGAAUAUUUAUGACAUUCACCAUAAAUAAUCUUUCAUGGUGUGAACCACACAUGCAGUAUUGAAUAUAGAAUUUUUCUGGUAAAAUAGAUACCAUAAACAUGGAAAUAUUGACCGAUUCUCUCGAAUUAAAGAUUUUGUCUGACAUCCCCAACAAAAACAUGAAUAAAAAAUUAAAAUGAUCUGGUUAGAAUCUACCAAAGCUUUUGUUGAUAUUGAUCAUUAUUUUUUUGUUGGAAAAAGCCACCAAUAUCACUUUUGGCAAGUAUUAUCUAAGGAUGAUGUACGUAGUUAUAAUGUAAUAAAUUUGAGAAGUAUGGGAGUAUGGCAAUAUGAUUGAUCGGACCGU